AUGAAGGAGAAAGAGCAGUGGGAAAACUGGAUGUCUCAGGGAUUUCAGCAGGGGGAGCAACUAGUGAACGUGAAGGAACGUGACAAAUGUGUUUGGUGGAUCAUUUGUAUGGUGAAGCAUUACAAACUGGGACCGGAUACGCAGUGUAUGGCAGCGGUGAUCUUGGACUACAUGCUGAGUACGGCGAGGGUCCAGUCGAAAUACCUACGCUGCUUGGCGCUUUCCACGCUGUGCAUCGCUUGUAAAGUUUGUGAGGAACCUGAGGCUGUGCCUCAGAUUUCCGAGCUUAUACAAGGAUCUGGGUGUACGUAUAGUUUUAGAGAAUUACUGCGAAUGGAACGGGUUGUGCUCAAACACCUUAAGUGGAAUCUGAGCUUUGUCACUCCUUAUACGUUUCUGCAGCUGAUGCUGGCCGUUAGCUUCACUUUUAAAGACUGUUGUUCCAUGCUGAGAAUCCUCAGGCCAUUUCUGAACCACAUCUGUGGUUGCUCAGAAUUGCAGUUGGUCUACCGAUGCUCGGUACUCACCUUGGCUGCGUUCUCCCUUGUGCUGGAACGCUACUGUCCCAAGCAGUGGCUCACUGUUGCCCUGUGCAUCCAGCAGCAAAUAUCAAUCUCGCAUGAAAAAUUUAUUGCUUGUCGCGAAGAUCUCGUUAAAUCUUGGGCCAAGGAACACAACAGUGUUGGUUUACCUCUGGACAUCGCAUCUCAUGACGACGGCCACGAAGUUUUACUUGCUGGCAACGUAGGAGCGCCACUGUCGGCGGAUCGUACUUCUUUCUCUUCUUCGUCGUCGUCGUUUUCCGCCGGCUCUCACUACCGACAGACGGGUAGCAGUCGCAAGAGGAGAAGACAGAAGUCGCGAAACAGCCAGGGCGAUCAGUCGUCGUUAUCUUCGUCGAAGGGCGUCGUCGAUCCUCCGUGCUGCUGCGUGGAAGAGAUUUCCGAUGCGCUAGGUGUUCUUUACGGAAAAGGCCUGGUAGAAGCGGAAAUCUGA